AUGUCGUUACUUAGUGAUAUAUUACCGAUAAACAAGAAUGAAGACAAAAACAAACAAGCUAGCGCAAGUCUUUCCCCAUAUUUAAACUUUGACCCUAACUAUAUACCAAAAAUGCAACCAGAAUUCCUUUAUCCUGAUGAGAGUCAUAUGGCUUCGACUGCGAGACGUUCAAAUGUAGCUCUUCCUAUCAUCGGCAUGUCCUUUAUGACAGGAUCAGGUAUGGGAGGAAUGGCCGGUCUCUACAAGGGAUUACGAGCGACCACACUUGCUGGACAGACUGGCAAAGUCCGACGAACACAAUUAAUUAAUUAUAUAAUGAAACAGGGUACUACAACUGGGUGUACCCUUGGCAUUCUCGCGUCCUUCUACUCAACGCUGGCCCUAGGAGUUACCUGGUUACGAGACCAAGAGGACACAGCCAACACAUUUAUAGCGGCAACUGCUACCGGCAUGUUAUACAAGAGCACCUCUGGACUCCGUUCUAUGGGCCUCGGUGCAGUAGCCGGACUCACAUUAGCAGGAAUAUACACUUUGGUCACCGAUAAUGACAACAUUUGGAGUAAGGCGAGAUAUAUAAGAAUGUGA